UUCACUUCCACACAUCCAAAUUAAAACUGCUUGGGGGCAAAAUCAUUAAAAGUUAGAGCACCAUCAACACCAGGAGUUGGUAACUGAAUACAGCAGGCAAGGUUGAGAUUGGUUUAGGCCUGCUAGCUCUCUGAUGUUAGCUCAGCCCACAUGAUCAUUCCUCUGCAGGCUUCUUGUGAAAAAUACUGCUUGCUACAUUUCCUGGCUUAGGAAAUUUGGAUUUAUCAAUGUUUGUUUCUGUCUCUUGGAAUAACAGAGAUAGCCUCAUUAUGAUCACCUCAUAGUCUGCCACCUUUGCUUCAUCCUUACCCUGCACUAUGGCUUCACAUUCCCCCAUCAAGAUAGAGACUGAGUGUAGUCGUGACAAGCAGUUCCUUGAAACUACACGUGUACCAAGUCCGACAACCAAACUGCCGGAGGACAUAGCACCCUCAUCAUCUGAUGAUGUAGCAGCCACCGCAGCACCAAGAGGAAGCAGGGAGAAGACCUCACAUCAACGUCAGAGUAGCAGAUCUCCACCACCACACCAAAGAACGAACAAAGAGCCAAGUCCAUUUCGUUAUUCGCAUAUUACCCACUAUGGUCAGCCAACGUACAUUCUCGACUCUCGCAAUGGUUUAGCUAUGGACCGCCGUUAUGGUGUCCCUACAGCAAUAGAAGGGCAUUACGCUUACCAUCCACCAAUACCAGUGGACGCAAGGACCCACGAAGGCAGAUACCAUUUUGAACCUCAUAUGCACCAUCCAAUACCAGGACACACCCACGGAGCAAGUCCUGUUCUCUCUGACAUCUCAUUCAUAAGGCUGCCCACUCAGAGGAGUGGUAGUUCCCAUCCAGAAUCUCCUAUCUAUCCAUAUUAUCAAUACAUGGAUAGCCCAACAAUUUCAGUACUGUCUCAUGCCAGAGGACUCAGUCCCAGUGGUCAUCAUAGUCAUCCCAGUGUUUACUUGCCACAUAUGGUUGCAUUCCCUCCUCAUGGAUCUGAGCUAACAGGGCCCCCUAGCACAGCUGGGAGCAUCGAACAUCCAUCUCUGGAGUUUGCUUCAUCAGUUGAAGGUUCAAGAUUCUCAAGUCCAAAGCCAUCAGCUCGUCUUAGCAGGAAGCGUGCACUUUCAAUAUCACCAUUUUCCGAAACUAUUGAUAUCAAUGCCAUGAUACGUACGUCACCAAACUCGCUUGUAGCGUACAUCAACAAUUCCCGAAGCUCAUCAGCAGCAAGCGGCUCCUACGGUCACCUCUCAGCCGGGGCGGUGAGCCCGAUGAAUUGGCAUCAUCCUGUGACGCCGAUCGCACAUCUCCAGCAACUGCAACAGCAGCUGAUGCGGCAUCGGAGCGGUAAUCCAUACUUGCCGGCUACUAGUCCAGCCCAACAUAUUCCUGGUCACGGCUACCCACAUCAUGGCAUGGCUGCACUCUUCUCACAUGCCCAUGGCCAUCAUCCACCCAGCCUACAGGAACAGCCUUGCAAGUCACAUCACCAUCACCACCACUCUCACCAGCAGAGCUACCCAGCAGAGGUGAACUUAGGAGAAACUAACAACAAUGUAGUGAGCAGUACAGUCGAUCCGGACUCCAAGAGAAGCCGCAUCAAAGAGGAACCCUUCAAGUCGCCUGCAAGUAUCGUGUCAUCCACGUCUGCGGAAAAGUCUGCUGUGAUGGCGGUUAAAGAUGAGGAUAUGAAACAUGAGGAAGAGAUACCACCAGUCACAGACUGUGAGUGGGGGGAUUGUAGCCUCCAUUGUAACACACUGGAAGAACUUGUACACCAUAUUAAUAAUGAUCACAUUCACAACGAAAAGAAGGAGUUUAUUUGUCACUGGCGUGAUUGUAUACGUGAGGAGAAGCCAUUUAAAGCGCAGUACAUGCUGGUAGUUCACAUGAGGAGGCAUACUGGGGAGAAACCUCACAAAUGCACUUUUGAAGGAUGUAAUAAAGCAUAUUCCAGGUUAGAAAAUCUUAAGACUCACCUGAGGUCGCACACAGGAGAGCGACCGUACGUUUGCGAGUUCCAGGGCUGCACGAAAGCGUUCUCAAACGCAUCAGACAGAGCUAAACAUCAGAAUAGAACACAUUCCAAUGCAAAACCUUAUGUAUGCAAAAUUCCUGGCUGUACAAAGAGGUAUACUGACCCAAGCUCACUGCGUAAGCAUGUUAAGACGGUCCACGGUCCAGAUGCCCAUGUGACCAAAAAACACCGCAGUGACAAGAAAGAUCCCGGAUCUAACUACGGCGGUGAUAAAAACAAUGACACUAACAAUAACUUGGGCAAGGAUAAGGACAUGGUGAACGGCAGUAGCCGUGGCAACGAUGGUGAAAAUGGAAGACGGAGGAGGAUGAGUUCUGAUGAGAAAGACAUGGAUCGCAGUCCACAGGGGCAUGAGACAGCCACCCAAGACAUUAAGCCAUUGAGUGUGGACAGUAAUGACUCGGCUCAAAGUUAUGGAUGGUCAAAUUCAGAAUUACAUGCAGUUAUCCCAGAAGGGGGCUCCUCCCCGCACAAUGACAGUGGUGUUGAAAUGACAAUGAUGGCAGAGGAUGACAAGAUCCAAGACAACCACAUAUCAUCAAACAUGGAAGCCAUUAGUGGUCCUUCAGGUCGAGGAGGAACAUCGACAGCCCAUACCGUGCGAAUUGGAAACCCUGUUUCAAUUAAAUCGGGGCGCAAAAAGGUCAAGUCGUCGACUUCAGGUAGCAGGAUGGCGAGGGUUAAGAAAUCAAUACCAACAUUACCAACGUUACCAACCAUUGUUACAGCACGCUCUCCAAAACCUCAAGACAGGACAAUUGAGCGGCUACAAUUUGAAGAAGGCAGUCGAUGCGACAGCAGUCAGUCAUUUGUCGGUAACCUUGAUCUGGCCAGUCGUCGUAGCAGUAAUAUCAGUAAUGGCAGCUCGUACUUCAGCAGCAGUCGUCGCUCGUCUGAAGCAUCUCCAUUCCCAAGUAGCCAAUUUUCAAGUCGCCGUUCCAGCGAAGCAAGUACAUACAUGUCCUCGAGGAGAACAUCCGGUGCUUCGAUGAUGUCUAACAGGAUGAGUGUGCUUGAAUCACCAUAUGAUCCCAUCUCCACUGGGUCAUCACGCAGGUCCAGUGGGGCAAGUAUGAUGAAUGGGCCUACUGGGCUCCCUGGUUUAUCAGCCCAACAGCAACGUCGGCUACAAGCAAUGUAUGAUCAUGGGAUGAAAAUGCGAGACCAGUGGAGUGAGGACCGGUACACUCCGUCGCCCAUGCCCAAGUCAUCACGCCGGUGCGAGAGUGCCGGAGUUUGCUUGCCUCCACGUACACCAUUGCCUCAUGAGGUUCCUAAUUCUGGAUUCCGUAGGGCAAGUGAUCCGGUCAGAUGUAAUCGGCGGAAUGCACUUCCAAUCCCGCCGAGUAUGAAAUCAAUGAUGGGUAAUAAACUGGGAGUUCAAGGAAUAAGAAACAUGUGUUUUGCAUCACCACCUCCAAAUUCCAUCCCAGAGAAUGUAGCUAUGGAAACGGAUGAGAUGAUGAUACCUGAGGAUUCUAUUCCACCGUACAUGAACAAUUCAAAACAAAAUAACUCGAUGAGCUACAAUGGCAUGGGAGAUGCGAUUAGUGGUCAACAUGAGAACAGGGUUCCCCAGUAUAAUCACAUGAUUAUGACGCAACAACAGAGUUACCUGCAGUAUAGACAGGAGGCUCAGAUAUUAGACAACAAUGGUAUGAAUAAUAAUAUGAUGAACAAUGAAAUGAAUAACGGAAUGAACAAUGGUGUACCACACCAGCAGCAGAACUACAAUCUGCAGAUGCAGAUGAGAUCUAAUCCAGUCGGUAUGGAAAUGUCUCCAGAUUGCAACCAAGUCACAAGUACAGUUGAUAUUGGUUCGCAGCCAAACUCUGCUGUCGACAACUUAGCUGUUGACUGCAACGACCUCAUGGUGGAAGGACUUGCAUCUCUAAGCACAGAUGGCAUGGAUCAUGUGGAACAGCUUGUGCCAGAUAAUACUUUCAACCCGGUGGAGAGCCUAUUGUCAGAGGUGGCGCCAAUGCAGCAGACGUAUGUCAGCCAGCGUGAUCCAAGUAAGGCUGGAGGAAUGCAAGGAGCAAAUAUGAACACGGCAAACCAUAUGAGUAUGCCGCCCCCAACUCACCCGGCCCCCAUAAGCUUGGCACGACAAACUGCUAUGAAUAUGCAAACUAAUAUGCCUAAUGCAAAUAUGAAUAUGCAAAGAGGGGGAAUGAAUAUGCAACAAGGAAUAACCAACUCAGGUAUGUCAACGCCAAUCAGGGGAAUGACUCCAUCUUCCAAUAUGGUCGUCAAUGACAUGUCUUCCAUGUUAUCAACUUUGGCUGAAGAAAAUAAGUAUCUGGAUAUGAUGUCAUAGUUUUUUUUCUUUUAAUUAAUUUUAUCAAUUUACGAUAUCUUCCAUUAGAUCAAUAAGAAAAAAAGAAGCUGCAUUUUGUAAAUUAAAUAAGUUGAAAUUAUAAUUUCCACAAGCUUCUUACCAAUAAAAAAAAAUGACAAUAUUAUGUAAAUUUAAGUAUUUACAAGUUAUAACAUGUUUAUGUUGCAUCAAGGAAGAUGAAUCUGCUGAUGUAAGUUAUAUAAUGUUGCAGUUUUUGUUUUAUUAAAUAGCAAAAUCAUUUCGAUUUUAAAAUUAUCAGAAGUAAGCCAUUUGUGAUAUGCAUUUUACAACUCUUAUACACAAAAUGGAUUUUACUUUAUCGGGUUGCUAGUGCCAGUAUUAAUUCUUGCCCGGAGGUCGUAGAUCAAAGUCAGUGUCAUGUUUGUUGCUGUGAAUUAUUUCAUACGAUAUAAUGACAGUACUUUUAAUUAGAUUAAUUAUAUCUACGUUAUUGAUAGUUUGAUUAGGUCAAACAUUUAGUACCAAUGAACAAAUUUUAGAAGGCUAAAUGGAUUUAAGCAUCAUUGCUGAUUAAUUGUAGUUAAGUAGCAACAAUAUUUAUGGUGCUGGAUACAGUUUAUUUUUAUGAUAAGGUAAACACUUUGAAUUAAAUGACCGUCCACUGUAUUACUAUAGCAUAUUUUAUAUACAAGUUUAUCUAUCGAACAUUACAUGGUGCUAACAAGCCAGUUAACAGGGUAAAGAUUUAAAAAUGGUGGGAAGAAAGAAAUAUAUGGUAAAGUUUAUAAACAAUAACAUCAUAUCAAAUGAAUCUUUACAUUUGUUUUUGUAAUUAAUUGUAAGGCGAUUUUCAUUAUCAUAAUGUUGGAGUGUGUGGUUGCUGUACCCAGAAACUCUCCAAUAAGAGUGAAACCACAAAGGUUAUUUUUUUAAAAGGAAUACUGUAUUUUUAUAUGCUACAAUUGAUUUUAAUUAAACAGUAUUACUGUGCUUGGUGCUAAUUUUAAUAAACUUCUUAGAAUCUUAUUUUGUGUUCAUUGAAUGAAACCAAAGUGAAUGGUUGUAUAACCAAGAACAUAGUUAAGAAAUAGAUACCUUGAAUUUUAUAUGCUAAAUCACAUCCACAUAAGGUGCAAAAGUCAUAAUGAUGCUAGUAACCAAUCAUGUGACCAUUAGAAUACCAAAUAUGGAAUUAUAAUGCCAUAUAUUGAUUGUAUCAUGUGACCAUUAUUGGAAUACCAUAUAUGGAAUAAUAAAUCCGUAGUAGAUUGUAUCAUGUGACCAUUAGAAUACUAAAUAUGGAGUAUCAUGUGACCAUUAUACCAAAUAUGGAGUAAUAAUUAAGUGCAUGAUAUUGAUAGCCCAUCGCUGUUCCGUCCACAACUUUUUUUUAAAUAAAAUUUUACUUAUUUUUUAGAAAAAUAUGUAAUUAAUAUGCAUGUAUUACCUUAUGUAAUUGUACCCCAUGGUAUGUAUUGUACAGAAAAAACAUUUUAAAUUGCAACAUUUUGACAAAAUUUAUUUUAUAUCCUUAUAAUGUUAGCUGUAGCUAGACUUAGAAUUGUAAACUAGCUUAUUUUAUUGAGUAAGUACUGUGUAAGCUUCUGCUUGAUUUAUCAAAACAGGGAAUUUGCAACCAAAAUAAUUCCCUAUCAUCGGUUAUCAUGUUUCCAAGUGUACGGUACACUAAAUAUUAUAGUGCAUAUCAGUGGUAGUGGCACUGGGUUGGCCGAUUUUAGUUGGUGAUCCAACCCUCCUGUACGGCCCAACAAUUGAUUUUAAAACAGUAUAUUGUUUUUGACCAAAAAACUGCCAAAUUUGAACGUGGCUUGAAUCAUCAAUUGGCAAUUUUGGUCAGAGAGGAGAUUAAGAUACGAUACUCCUUUGUUGUCAUUUUAACAACAUGGUUAAAAUGAAAUUAGUGUUGAUUGAUCCGAUAGGCAAAAACAGUAGAUUACAUUAUGUAAAAGACUGCUAAUUCUUCAAGGGCCCCUGGACCCCAAGGAGGCCCUCGCUCACUUGAGGUUACCAGGCCCACCCAACCAUGCUGCCACCUAUGGUACAUAUGUUUAUAUAAAUAUAUUGUAUUGUACAGUAUUUUGAGAACAUUAGUAUGGUUGAUAAAAACUGAUGAAAGCAAUCAUGAUUGUUUAAAUUUGAUUCAUUGAAAUACAGUCAAGAUGACUUGCAUACUACCUUUCUUCCAAGUUUGUACAUUCUGUAAAGUUUCUCCAUGGACCUUAUAAUAUUUUAAGUUACUGUAGCUAUUAAUAUCAGAUACACUUAAAAUGUGGGAUUAAUAGGUCUAUUAUGUAAUUAUUAGCAUAUUAAUUACUGGUGCCUUAAGAGUCUUCAACUAACCUAAAGCUCUGUCCACACUAUCAAAUAUUCAAUUUGUAUGGCCAUAUAUAGUCAUGAUGUGCCUAUAUAUGGUCAUGAUGUGAUGUCAUCAUGACCAUAUUUAGGCAUGUCACAAGUUCUUGUCAAAUGAAAUUUUAUAGUCUAGACAUGACUUUACCUACCUUUCUUCGAAAUGUUUGUACAUUUUGUAAAGUUUUUCCAUGGACUUUAUAUUAUUUUAAGGUACUGUAUCUAUUGAUAUCAGAUACAAUUGAAUUAUGGGAUUGAAAAGUCUAUCAUGUAAUGCCAAUUUGUAGUUUAAACUGUGCAUGCCCAUGUCAAGGUCAAUUGACAUAAAUAUACAUGCAACAUAAGUUUAUAUCGAUUAUCCUUGAAUACUGGCAUGCGCAGUUCAAGCUACAAAUUGGCUGCUUAUUAGCAUAUUAAUUACUGGUGCCUGACAUAUGCACUUCUGAAGAUGGUUAUGUGGUGAACAGCUGUGCAGUCAUGUAAGCAUGUGCUUAAACUGGUAAUAGCCAAUUAAGGAUAGCUAGCCCUGGGUAUGGUUAUUACAAUCAAUCACAGGAUGAACGUGGUUCUAAUGCGUGUAUGAUGCUAACUAAUGAGAGAGCCACUUUCUGACCAAAUUAAUCGCUAGUGAAGAUGAACUUAUUCUUAAUACAGGAAUUUAAGAGAAAAUUUCGCCCUGUGUAUAUUUAAAUUUUAUCCCAUAUUAUUUAUUAUUUAACUGUAUUUAGAAAGGUGCUAUAGGGCUAUUACGAUUCUUACGGAAUAGAGCUAUUUUUUUGUCAAGAGAAAACAAUAAACUAGGAAGAUUUGAACCAAGGUCCCUGAUGUUAGAAGGGAAGCACCUUCACCACCAAGCUACAGCCCCACUUCAAAAUUAGCUUUGCAUGUUUGAAACAGCUCAAAACAUCAUUUGAUUUGGUGUUAAGAUAUCACUGAUAAAGCCUUGAUGAAAAAUAAACUGUACAUAUCUGUAAA